ACUCUCCUCCGUAGUCGUUUCCCGCAGAGAGAGAGAGCGCGAGAGAGGCGAAAGAAGAUGGCGGCCGUGCCAAGCGGAGCUGCUGUUGCUGCGUCCGCCGCGGCCGCGAUUUCGCACUCGGCCCGAGCGACCGCGGGCAUGGGCGCCCCGAACCGAGCACCACCCAGCUCAGGUAUCGAGCACCAGAGCCGAGCUGGACAGACCGCGGCGUGUAUGGCUAACCCCGGGCACCCCGCGGUCGGCAGGCCGCCCCCAGCUCGAGUGGGCUACUACGAGCUGGAGCGGACCAUCGGCAAGGGCAAUUUCGCCGUCGUAAAACUCGCCACGCACGUCAUCACCAAAGCCAAGGUGGCGAUUAAAAUCGUGGACAAGACGCAGCUGGAUGACGACAAUCUGAAGAAGAUCUUCAGGGAGGUGCAGAUCAUGAAAAUGCUGCGACACCCGCACAUCAUUCGCCUCUACCAGGUGAUGGAGACAGAGAGGAUGAUUUAUUUAGUAACUGAAUACGCCAGUGGUGGAGAGAUUUUUGAUCACCUGGUGGCUCAUGGGCGCAUGGCGGAGAAAGACGCGCGGCGAAAGUUCAAACAGAUCGUGGCAGCUGUCCACUUCUGUCACUGCAGAAACAUCGUCCACCGAGACCUGAAGGCCGAGAACCUGCUGCUGGACCACAACCUUAACAUCAAAAUCGCAGACUUUGGCUUCAGUAAUCUGUUCUCUCGGGGACAGUUGUUAAAGACAUGGUGUGGAAGUCCUCCAUACGCUGCUCCAGAACUGUUCGAGGGCAAAGAAUAUGACGGGCCCAAAGUGGACAUCUGGAGCUUAGGUGUGGUGUUGUAUGUGCUUGUGUGCGGCGCUCUCCCGUUCGACGGCAGCACCCUGCAGAACCUUCGUGCCCGUGUUCUCAGCGGCAAGUUCCGCAUCCCGUUCUUCAUGUCCACAGACUGCGAGUAUCUAAUCAGGCAUAUGUUAGUAUUGGAGCCGAGCCGCAGGCUCACCAUGGAGCAGAUCUGCAAGAACAAAUGGAUGAGACAGGGAGACCCAGACCCCGACUUCGACAGGUUGAUAGCCGAGUGUGAGCAGGUGAAGACCGAGAGGGAGACAGCGCUGAUUAACGAGCAGGUUCUCAUGGCCAUGUCCGACAUGGGACUGGACCGAGAGCGCACUUUACAGUCACUGCACACAGAUGCGUAUGAUCACUACAGCGCCAUCUACAGUCUGCUUUUGGACAGACUCAAGAGGCACAAAACCCUGCGCGUGGCUCCGCCCGCUACCCCUCGCCCCAUCGGCUACCCCCUCAACGCUGUGCAGGUGCGCUCCAUGGAUCAAGCUAACACCGUUAGCAUGACCGUGCCUCAUGUCCAGCUCAUAAAUCCCGAGAACCAGAUUGUGGAGCCUGACGGAACGAUGGCGUUGGAUAGUGAUGAAGGGGAGGAGCCGAGUCCAGAAGCAAUGGCGCGAUAUCUGUCUAUGAGACGCCACACUGUUGGCGUGCCGGACCCCAGGACUGAGAUGAUGCAGGAGGAGCUGAAGUUACCUCCAGGGUUUGUGCGUGCCCCUCCUCAGGCUCCAUUCCCCCAGCUGCCCCCCACCAUCACACACACACCUACCUUCAUGCCCACCCAGAGCCUGCAACCCACACAGCAGCUCGAGUACAAGGAGCAGUCCCUCCUUCAGCCCCCAACUCUGCAGUUGUUGAAUGGGAUGGGUCCGCUGGGUCGCAGGGCCUCAGACGGAGGCGCAAACAUCCAGCUUCACGCACAGCAGAUGCUCAAGAGGCCACGCGGCCAGUCACCGCUCGUCACCAGCCCUCAUCCGAUUCCAGCCGUCGCUCCCGUGGAUGAGGAGGGGUCAGACGGAGAGCCGGACCCAGAGGCAGUGCAGAGGUACUUGGCGAACAGCUCCAAGCGACACACAACGCACAACGCAGCGAGCUCGAGCUACACCUCCACUGAGCUCUCAAACGACAUUCAGAGAGCACGCACAAGGGGCUGGACCCCCGAGCACUCACGGUCAUCCUAUAAAGACUGUAACACACUGCACUUACCGAUGGAGCGCUUCUCUCCUGUGCGACGCUUCUCAGAUGGAGCGGCGACGAUCCAGGCUUUUAAAGCGCAGCUAGAGAUCAAACAGCUCAAGCAGGAGUGUGAGCAGCUGCAGAAGAUGUAUGCUGCUCCACAGGAUGAGAAACUACUGGAGCACACACAGCAGCAGCACAUCCUCUACCAGCAAGAACAGCAGAUCCUACACCAGCAAAUACAGGCCCUUUCUUUGGGACACGGAGAAAACCAGCCCAGUCAUCUUACCCACCAGCUACAAAGGUUGCGUAUUCAGCCCUCCAGCCCGCCACCUACACAUCCCAGCAACCACCUCUUCAGCCCAGCCAAUCAGAGUCCACCACCAGGAAGCCAAGGGAUGAUUCCGGCGCAUGGUGGGCCCUUCCAGCACACCCCUGACUUGUACCAAUCCUCCGGUGGCAGCCCGCCGCCUUCCGCCCUGCCCUGCAUGACCCUGGCCAGUCAGCCGCCACAGCCUCCCUGCCCCACCCAUGCAGCUGUUGCGUUAGCCCAGCAGCAGCCGGUUACCAUCCAGGUGCAAGAGGUGGAGCUUGGGGGCGGAGCCCAGAGGCAGAGUUUCCUAGCAACGCCGUGUCACAGAGUACUGGGGAAGCAGCUGAGUGCAGACAACGCAGAAACACACAGCCGCAGUCUGGGCCGUUUCCACUGCUCGACGUCGGCAUACGAACACGCCCAGUUCAGCGCCCACGUAGGCACAGGCACCUACAACCCCUACGCCCAGGCGGCAUCCCUCAAAGUUCCCGGCUUGGACGGUUACCCCACUUACGGCAGCCCGUCGGCCCUGCAGCAGGCGCUGCUGUCUCCGACGCCUCUAGAGUACCGCGUGGCGCAACAACAGCAGCAGCAGCAGCACCAACACCACGUCACACCUGUACUGCAGGGCCUGCUCUCACCACGGCACUCACUAACUGGCCAUGCCGACCCACGUCUGACACCACAUGACCUUGCUAACCUGCUCAAACGCUCGCGGCCUGCUGUGCCCGCCAUGCCCACUAAUAACAACAACAAUCCUCCGCCGCCUCCGCCCCCAGAAUACACCGACAAUCUGCUGCUCAAUCAGGUAAUAACCAUGGAUUACAGUGACAAUCUGCUGAUGUUGGAGCCAACCCAGCCCCCGGCCACGCCCCAGGCUCCACCCCCAACACACUACCACCACCACCACCACCUGCUGCAGAUUCGGACUCCACCCUCAGAGUGCCAAGCUCCGCCUCUUGCUCACUCAGAAAGCAUGGAGGAAGACGACAACGAUGUUGCCGCUGCCUACCAUGACAGCCUGCUGGCCAAGGUCGCCACGACGACAGCACAGAGAGUGUUGAUGGAGGCUGACCCUCGUCCUGUUCAGGGAGAUGCGUAUCGGCCUCGGGCUUCGCUGCAGCGCCAUCACACCAUCCAGACUGCCGACGAUGCCUACGAUCAGGCAGAAAUGUCUGGAAUGAGCCUAUUGGCCGGGAAGGCUCUAAGCUCCGCCCGCAUGUCUGACAUACUUAGCCAGACGUCUCUGGCUGGAAGCCAGCAGCUGCACCAGAGGGAGGAGUCAGUGUGUAACGUGGAGGACGAGCUGCACUCGGCCACGUGUUACCCUUCCUCCUGCACCAGCGACAUGCUGCUCACCUACAAACCCCAAGACCUUCAGUACAGCAUGGAGCAGGCUGGCGUCUAACACAUCGGUGUGUGUGCAGUGUGUAUAAAGCUCCAUACCCGUCUCCUGUGUUCAGCUGCGUCAUGCCAAUCCUCCAUCAUCUGUGUAUGCGUGUGUGUAUGCGUGUGUGCGUGCGUGUGUGCGUGCAUGUGCGCACCCUCCAAGAAGAGGCUCGCUCAUCGUCCAGCUCUUCCCACCGAUUGGACGAACUGGGUGACUCAGUCUCCCUCUGACUCCGCCCCCAACCGUCCAUCUGCUCCAUCGGGCCCGCCCCCUUCUGUCUCGUCGACGUCGCCAUAGCGAGGCAUCUGCACACAGUCUUACGUAGACGCAUCUGUAUAAAUAUAAACACACACAUUCUGACACACACAAAGCCACAAACCCAAAGUAUUUCACAAAAAGCCUGUCCUUUUUUGUUUUGUUUUGCUUUGAUUUUUAUUGGAAGCGGGGUAGCGUCAGCGUUUCGUAUCCACCCCCUCCCCCCUCCCCCCCAUCCGCAGCGCUACAAUGGAUCAUUCCGGAGCAGCUCUGAUAGCAGCCUAACGCAGAGCGGUCUACUCUGACACGCUGGCGGGGGUGGACGGGGCCCGGAGACCUUCGGCAUGGCACAGGAUGACCGGCUCUCAUUCGUUUCGUCUCCUCUCUUUCUGUCUUUCUUCCUUUCUUUUUUUAAAUGCAUUUUUAUGCCUAACGUUCAUGUAGGAAUUCUGAUCAUUAUUAUUAAUUAUUAUUAUUAUUAUUGUUAAUGUUUUCUGUAAAAGAAGUUUUAUGGUUAUAAUAUUAUAAUGACAAUUAUUAAUAUUAAAACAGAGGGGGAAAAUAAUCGGUGUUGCAAACAGGAAAAAAAAGAACACACACGAUCCUGCACUUUCAGUUUAAAAGCGAGCUUUAUUUUCUUAACCUCUCCCCUUUUUUUCUUCUUCUUUUCACUCCCUCCCUCCCUCAUUGCAUUCAUUCCACUCCUUUGUCUCCAUCCGUUUUUCCCGGGCCGUGGCUGCGGCGCGGCACAUCACCGUUUCCUCUUCCUGUACAGUGACGCCAUGUAUAGAUCGCCAACAUUUCUGUGUUUCUGUACACGUGUAUGUUUUUAUAUAUUUCUUUAUUUGUUUUUGUCCCCCCCCCCCCGGAGAGAUGCUCGUUUAUCCCACAGGCCGAGGAGCGUGUAAUUAUUUUUAUUUGUAUUUUUUUAUGUUUUAACUUUUUUGCUGCUUUUUAUUGUGUUUUUGUUUUUUGUUUUCUUGCUGCGCCGCACUGUCACAGCCGCCACUUUGUGUGCGUGUUUAAGAGAGAUGCUAGCUCAUACAUAUCACCACACGUUCGCACUCGCAGUCCGGUCCUUCCCUUUGCAUGUCUGUCUCUUUCUCACACACACACACACACACACACACACACACUCACAAACACAUGGGUUGAGGUUUGCCUCCAGAACACCACAGACUCUUGAAUUUAACCCUCGGCGCUUAAUUAUAUUUGUCCAAAGACGCGAUCCGGUAAGUUCAGCGUGUUCCAAAUGUCAUGUAGCUCCAGUGCACUAGGUUUGAAGUGCACACUAUGACAGUUCACCUGUUUCAGCUAGCAGCAUUUCACGUGCACUUAUCGGUCUGAAGUGAACAGGGCUGAGGUGAGAUUUGGGACACGACCAUUGGUUAACAUUCACGCAUUGGUAACGUUAACGAUUAGCUGAGAAUUCAGCACUCGGCUAAUAAAAGGAAGAAGUGCACUAGAUCUGUGAGUGCAGACAACACAGGUCUGAGAAGCGACCAUUCGCAAAUGGACUAAACGUUCGUGUGUGUGUGUGUGUUAGUGUGUAUGUAGUGUUUUGCACCCCAUGCCCCAGGUGCAUGCUGGGUCAUCGUCAAUAAAGGCAGCGUCCUCGUCAUUUCUUUUCUCUCCCAUUCCUUCUCUUCCUCCCAGUCAUUUUAUUUUGUUCAUUUUUUUCCUUGGUUUUAUUAAUUUUUUGUUGUUGUUGUUUCAUUUUUGAGUACAAAAAAAAUACUAAACUGCAACAACAAAUGGUUAAAAAAAGAAUUCCAAACAAACUGAGAGAAUAAUAAAUAUAUAUAAAUAAAGAAAUGAAUAAAAAGCUGA